AUGCUCGAGGCACUCUCUCCCACGACGCUCUCGUUCGUCUUCCUCGCCCUCGGAUACUUCUUGAUACGGUACCUGAACUCCACGGACCAGCCAAAGAUCAAGGGUCUUCCUGAGAUCCCCGGCGUCCCGCUCUUUGGCAAUCUGCUCCAACUCGGUCAGGACCAUGCUCGAGUGACGGCCGCCUGGGCAAAGAAAUACGGCUGGCCAGUGUUCCAGACUCGACUGGGCAACCGCCGCAUCGUCUGGGCCAACAGCUUCGACUCUGUCAAACACUUCUGGAUCAACAACCAGUCGUCCUUGAUAUCACGCCCGACACUGUACACCUUCCACAGCGUCGUUUCCAGCAGCCAGGGCUUCACCAUCGGCACAUCGCCAUGGGACGAGUCGUGCAAGAGACGCCGCAAGGUGGCGGCCACGGCACUGAACAAGCCGGCCGUGCAGAGCUACAUGCCUUUUAUUGACCUUGAGAGCUGUGUGGCCAUCAAGGACAUGUACAAGGACUGCAUGGACGGGGCUGUCGACUUGGAUCCGAGAAAGUACUUUCACCGCUUCGCCCUGAACACCAGCUUGACCUUGAACUAUGGAAUUCGUAUUGACGGAGGCAUCGACCAGGAACUCUUGAGAGAAGUCGUCCACGUCGAACGUGUCGUGUCCAACUUCCGAAGCACAUCCAACAACUGGCAGGACUACAUCCCUCUUCUUCGCCUGCCGUUCAUUUCCCGUCAGAACAAGGCGGCCGCAGAGUACCGGGCGCGGCGCGACAAGUACCUCACGACCUUCUUGGACAUGCUGAAGGAGCGCAUCGCCAAGGGAACAGACAGGCCAUGUAUCACGGGCAACAUCAUCAAGGACCCCGAGGAGACGCUGAACGACGCCGAACUCAAGUCCAUCUGCCUGACCAUGGUCUCGGCAGGGAUCGACACGGUUCCCGGGAACAUGAUUAUGGGGCUGGGCUACCUCGCGUCGCCUGAGGGCCAGCAGAUCCAGCAAAAGGCCUACGAGGAGAUCAUGAAGGUCUACCCGACCGACGGCGAGGCGUGGGAAAAGUGCCUCGUCGAGGAAAAGGUGCCUUACAUCACAGCGCUGACCAAGGAGAUUCUGCGCUUCUGGACGGUGAUCCCCGUCUGCCUGCCGCGCACCAGCAUCAAAGACAUCAAGUACAACGACGCCGUCAUCCCGGCCGGCACGGUGUUUUACAUGAACGCCUGGGCUGCGGACUAUGACGAGACGCACUUCAAGGAUCCCGCCAAAUUCAUACCGGAGCGCUACCUGAACGACCAGGAGGGUAGCGGCACGCCGCACUACGGCUACGGAGCCGGCAGCCGCAUGUGUGUCGGCUCGCACCUGGCCAACCGCGAGAUCUACACGGCCUUCCUGCGCAUGAUUGUCGCUUUUGAGUUUGUCCCCGCCCGGGACCAGAGGGACUGGCCUGUCCUGGACGCCCUGGAGUGUAAUUCCAUUCCGACUGCGCUGACUACGGAGCCGAAGCCCUUCAAGGUGGGCUUCAGGAUAAGGAACAAGGCCGCCUUGGAUAUGUGGAUCCGUGAGAGUGAGCAGAGAACAAAGGAUUUGUGA